GUAUUGGAGACUCCAACAAACGGGCGGUUUUAAGGGGACCAGACAAAAGCAGAAAGCGGUUUUGUAACUGAAACAGAGCAGGCCAAGAUUAUUAAAAGAGGGAAAAAUUGAAAGAAAAAUCCUCUCAGUCGUUACAGAGAAACUACCAACAAUGAAUUCAUAUAUAACCGUCGUGUCUAGUUAGUCUUUUUAUUUUUUGUUUUUAUUGUUCUCUUUUCUUUCCCCUUAUUUCGGCCCUUCCUGGGGGAUCUUCUUUGCUCUCAUUAAUGGGGUAGACUCUGCCUGCUUCAGAGACCUUUGUAUGCUUUUUAGCCAUAGUGUUUCUAGUUUUAGUGCUUUUGCUUUCUCUGCAUCGUCGGUACGACCUCGUUUGGAUGGCGCAUGUAGAAGGUAAUCCAAGGGGUUCCUCGAUUGCUCAUGCGGAGUCAGGUUUGGGUGGUGAUGAUCUAUAUCCAGAGCUAUGGAAGUUAUGUGCAGGCCCGGUGGUGGAGAUUCCUCGGGUUCAAGAGAGAGUCUUUUACUUUGCUCAGGGUCACAUGGAACAAUUAGAAGCAUCAACUAAUCAGGAACUUAAUCAUCAAGCCCCGCUGUUUAAUCUUCAUUCUAAGAUCCUAUGUCGUGUUCUUCACGUUCAGUUAAUGGCAGAACAAGAGACAGAUGAGGUUUACGCUCAGAUCACUUUGCAGCCUGAAGCAGAUCAAAGUGAACCUACAAGUCCUGAUCCCUGCCCAACUGAGGCUCCAAAGAGGACAGUUAAUUCAUUUUGUAAGAUUUUAACGGCGUCAGACACAAGCACUCAUGGAGGGUUCUCUGUUCUGCGAAAGCAUGCCACCGACUGCCUGCCACCAUUGGAUAUGAGUCAAGCAACCCCAACUCAGGAGUUGGUGGCCAAAGAUCUUCAUGGGUAUGAGUGGCGGUUCAAGCAUAUAUUUAGGGGGCAACCACGGAGACAUUUACUUACAACAGGGUGGAGCACCUUUGUUACUUCCAAGAGAUUGGUUGCAGGAGAUGCUUUUGUUUUUCUCAGAGGUGAUAAUGGAGAACUAAGGGUUGGGGUUAGGCGGCUUGCUCGUCAACAAAGUACAAUGCCUUCCUCUGUGAUAUCCAGCCAGAGCAUGCAUUUAGGAGUGCUUGCUACUGCUGCUCAUGCUGUUACAACUCAUACCCUCUUUGUUGUUUACUACAAGCCAAGGACAAGCCAAUUCAUAAUUGGGGUUAACAAGUAUCUGGAGGCUAUUAAAAAUGGUUUCUCUGUUGGCAUGCGUUUCAAGAUGAGAUUUGAGGGAGAAGACUCUCCAGAGAGAAGGUUCACCGGUACCAUAGUCGGGGUUGGAGAUAUUUCCCCACAUUGGUCAGAAUCUAAAUGGCGGUCCUUGAAGAUUCAAUGGGAUGAACCUGCAACAAUACAGAGGCCAGAGAGAGUUUCUCCAUGGGAAAUAGAGCCAUUUGUGCCUUCUGCUUCGAUAAAUCUUGUACAACCAGCUGUAAAGAGCAAAAGACCACGACCAGUUGAUAUUCCAGCUUCUGAAAUUACUACAAAUUCAGCUGGUUCAGCCUUCUGGUGUCGUGGGUCAACCCAAUCUCAUGAACUUACCCAAGUAGGAAGCACAGUGGAAGUCCAAAGCAGUGAAACCCAAGUUAUGUGGCCAAUUAGGCAGAAAGAAAUUGAUAACUGUCUUGUCAAUAGCAGUGGAGGUUAUAACUCAAGGACUCGGCCUGAAAAUGUCUGGCCACCUCCUCAUGUGAAUGUCUCUCUAAACCUUUUUCGCGAUUCAAUGGAUGACAACAACAAAACUGGAACACCACGGACUGUUCUCGCUGGUUAUGCCUCUUCUGUUCAAUCAAGGCCAAGCAAUGGCCUAAUGCUUGACCAAGUUGAAAAAGCAAAAAAAUCUGAGACUUCCACAAGUUGCCGGUUGUUUGGGUUUAAUUUGACAGAUAGCUCUAGUGCAGCUGGUCCCCUAGACAAGGAACAGACAAGCACGACUGUCGAUUACAAUGGUGUGAAAGGGUCUACUCUAGCUGCAUCUGAUGUCGAUCAGAAUCCAGAAACCUCAAAGCCUUCAAAGGAGCAGAAGCUAGUUGCGUCAGAGACAUCAACCAAGGAGAUGCAGGGUAAGCUGGGUGCUGCUACUUCCAUGAGAACUCGUACUAAGGUGCACAUGCAAGGUAUUGCAGUUGGUCGUGCCGUUGACUUAACUGUGUUGAAAGGAUAUGAUGAUCUCAUAAAUGAGCUGGAGAAAAUGUUUGAUAUCAAGGGAGAGCUUCAUCCCCGUGGAAAAUGGGCAGUUGUUUUUACCGAUGAUGAGGGUGAUAUGAUGCUUGUGGGCGAUGAUCCAUGGAUGGAAUUUUGUAAGAUGGUGAGAAAGAUCUUCAUAUAUUCAAGUGAGGAGGUGAAGAAGAUGAGUGCAAGAUGCAAAUUUCCAGCAUCAUCUUUGGAGGGUGAAGGGACUGUUGUAAGCUUGGAUUCAGAGCAUAGGUCUGAAACAUGAACGUUUGAGAACUUUUCUUAUUUAUAUGUUUUAAUCUUAUUUUCCUUGGUUUGGAAUGGUGGGAGAAGAAAUGUUGGUAGUUUAUUUUGCCUAGGCUUUUUCUUUUCCUUUGUUUCUUUUGAGAGCUUUGGUCAAGGACAAUAGAAGAGUGAAUGAAAAUGCAUUGGGGAAAGCAAACUCUUAACUUAUGUUUAAAAAGAAUAGGAAGAUUUUUAGGUUUAGAAAUGAAACAUUUCGUUUGUGUAUACCUUACUUUGUUGGGUGGUGUGGUUUCGGUGAAUCAGCCUGUAAAAAAUAUAAAUGCUUGCAUUUAAUUUGCACUUUAGUUCUUGUUGGUUGGUUUC